AGUUUUUUUUGUCGCUUCAUUCAAAACUGUGACACAUUUGCUAAAAGAAAAUGGCAGAAGAUCUUGAUUCACUGAAGUGUGUUAUCACUUCAUUGCUAAUUGCUCAUAGCAGGCCCAUGACGAUUUCCGAAUUCACAAAGGUCUACAAGUCUGAGGAAGGCCAUCCCGUGCCAUUUGAUAAAUUUGGUUGUGCAAAUGUUCACCAGUUUCUAAACAAAAUUUCUGACGCAGUUACUUUAAAGCAUGGCCCUACUGGAGAAUAUGUAAUUCAACCUAAGAUAACGCAGGAAGUCAAGCACAUUGACCGAUUGGUCAAGCAACAAAAGCCAAGCUCUGCAAAAUCUAAAGUCAAGCACCCGAUGUACAGACCACCGGUGCGAGGGAGGUAUGUGCCAAGGGCCCGAGGAGGUGGCAGUUCCUUUGGUGGAAAAGGCCGCGCAAUAACAGCCAUGGCACCACAGAUGCAGUCUGUACCUUCAGUUUCACAAGACAUGCUUCCAAGCAUUCCAGAUUCAAAGAACAGAACUUCACCUGAAUCAGUGGCCUCAACAGGCACAGCUCAAUACAGGGGUGUGUCAAAGCUCCACCAUUCAUUACUACAAAAUUCCACUGCUUUCAACGGCAAUGCAUCAAGUUCUCCCACUCAUACGAACACAAAAGACCAUUUUGAAGUCGAUUCACCCAGUCACUCCGCCCGUUUCGUUAAACAGGAACAAGUUCUUAUAGAAUCUCUGUUUGCUUCUCAAAGUGAAAAUUGUAAGGAAGUUUCGAACACUGCUGAGCAUGCACACUACAGUGGUGACACCAUGAGCCAAUUGUUGGGGCUCAACUUAGUUUCUGUAAAGCAAAGUAAACAUUAUAUGCCCUGCAACAGCCUUGUUCAAAAGUGGAUAGCGCAGCAGCAUGUUACCGGUGGCAUGUUUCAACCUGCGUGUACACAGACUUUGCCGGUGCAAGGUACCAGCGCUAUUCCUGGUCAGCCUUUUCUGAGGCCUUCACUGUGUCAUCCGUUCAUGCCUUCACCACAAAAAGCGGAUGUUACCUGUAAUAGUGAACCAAACGGGCAGGUUGUGUGCAGUAUGCUCAAUCCUGAUGCUGUUGCAUACCAACCCACACCUACUGGCGCACAAGCAAGUACUGGCCGAGAUGAACGCUCUAGGGGAGCUGUCAGCAGAGAGUUUACUGACAACCAGACACAAGUUGCACCUGAAGUGGUGAACAAAGGAACAUCAACAGAUGAUUUUUGCAUUCCAAAAGGUUUUGCAACUUGCUUGAGGAGCAUUUUAGAUGAGUAUCCAACUGGUGUUGACAUUAAAGUGCUAAUGGGAAUGUGUGAGGAAAGAAUUGGAAGUAGUGCUUACUUCACGCAGAAUAAGCACCCCCUUGAAAUGUUGCCAGAUAUUUUAUCUUCAGUCUCUUCGGCAUGCGUUAUGCCAGACUCGAGAGGUGUGUACAGAGUAAUGCUUCCCUGGAAGGAAAAGGAGAGUGGUGUUCCUCCCCUGCCUGAUGAUAUCAGGAUUGGAUUGCAGUCUAUUCUCCUCAAUUAUCCGAAAGGCCUCCAAGUUUCAGAGCUGCUUGACAUCUAUGAAAACCAGUUUGGUGAGCAUGACCACAUCAAAGCUUAUGGCCAGUGCACAAGCGGCUUCAUUCGUAACAUACUGUAUGCACUUCCCUUCGCAGCUGUGAAAAACCGUGGUGAUGGAGAACACAUCGUACAAUUAACUGAAGAGGGUCUUCAAAAUUCAUUGCAGCACGUAGGUCAAUCUACUCCUAAAAUCGCUGCUGAAGAGUUCUACGCUUAUCCCAUACAAGAACUGCCCCACUGCUGGACAUUUUCUGUUGCUAUAGGAGAAGUGUUUUCUCCAUCAGACUUUUAUUUUUUAAUUACAGAAGACGGUGCGAUCUCUCAACUAACAUACCUAAUGAAUGAGCUAGACGAGUUCUACAACAGUGCUGCUUCGAAUUUUUAUUCUGUAAACAUCAACGAUUUGAAGCCCGGGCUUGUUUGUGCUGCUCUGUACACGACUGAUGGACAACCACUCUGGCAUAGGGCAGUUGUAAAAAGUGUUCAGGCUUGUGAAGUGUUUGUGUUCUACAUUGAUUAUGGCACAGUAAUGCCUGUGAAAGUUUUCGAAAUCAGGAGACUGCGAUCCGACUUUUUAAAACUUCCUGCACAGGCAAUCAAGGCUUCGCUUUCAAGUGUAAAGCCUGAUAAUGAGCAGGCAUGGACUCCUAAAGCUAAGGAGCGCUUCUUGCAGCUAGUGAAAAUGGGUGAAUGCACCUGCUCUGUUGUGCGCAAAGAGGAGGACAUCUGUUUCGUUGAGUUGAUAAUGUCUGAUGGCAAGAUGGAGUUCUCUCUUAGUGAGGUCAUGGUUUAUGAAGAGCUCGCAGUAAGCACAAUUGUGACGGAAGCAGUUGCACCAAGAACUGCUAUAGAACCGUGGACUUUCUCGAAUGGUUACACUGCUGACAUCAUUGUGUGGAAUGGGCAACGCUACAUGUCUUCUAUGGCUAUCUCAAAGGUUUUUGGCUGGAAAGAGGACUUGGUUUCAAAAAAGCUUUCUGAUAAGAAUGUCCGUGUGAACGGUGCUUUACUGGAAAAAAAGUGUGUCCCAGAACUUCACCUUGAAGUAUGUCUGAGCGACAAUGUCUUUUAUUUUGACAGCAUCCAGUUGUAUAACUUAGAGAGCGUUCCAUUCAUUCUCCAAAUCUUGCAACAUCCAUUGGACAAUUUGAGAUAUGAGUUGGAAAGCAAGUUGGUCAGCUUCAAUACUCUGUCUGAUGGGACUGUGUCUAUGGAUAAAGCGGACAACUGUGAUAAGCGGUGCUCUGGUUAUGAUGACGACUCACCACUGACUAAUGAUGCUAGCAGGUCGCAAGACAGUGCUCAAUCUUCUGCAUUCAUGCCGCAAAGUCAGACCAAUGUCACUAGCAGCGGAAACUCGCAAGAUGCUUUCAGACGUAACCUCGAGACAAAAUUGGCAGAAUUGAAGCAGAAACGGGCUUCGUUGAGGAUGGCAUUUUACAAGAACCGAGACUCUGUUGCUCUACCUGAACUGGAGUUUAUUGAAAGAAAAGUUGACUCCUUCACAAAGGUGCUGAAUGAGCUCGACAUCAGCUCUGGUCACCAAGUUGUCACAGAGCCUUCCAAUCUGUCAGCAUCCAGCUCUUCUAAGAACCCCAACAACACGACAGGAAGUUCUCCUCAAAGUGUUGUAGACAAGUUCCAAAGCAAGCUACUGGAAGCAUUGAUGACUUCAAAGCAGAAGUGAUCGACGUUACAAGUUGUGUGUUGCUUUUAUUUAUGUGGCAAAGAACUAAAGUUUUUCUUUUUGUUUAGAGUGCCAUCUUUAAAUUUAGGUGUUCAUAAGUCAUUGUACAAAUCGUGCUGCAUUGUUAAUAAAUUGUUUCAAUCUGUA